AUGGAUUUGCGUUUAGACGGAGGAGGCAGCGUUUGGCAGAAAUGCUCAAGACACGACUUCCGUUUCGUCUUCGGUGGCGGCGUUUGUCCUUUCUGCCUCCACGAACAACUCUCCUCUCUCUGCCCCGACUGUUCCCGAAAUCUCCCGUGUUCGUGUACCCCACGCUCCUCCGUCUCGGACUCCGCCGGAGAAGGUGACGUUUCGUUUACCGGCGUCGGAUCCGUUGGCCGCGUUGACAACCUGAUCGAACGCGAGCCGGCGUUUCGGAGAUCGAGAUCGAUGGCGGUUCCGUUUCUCUGGCCUGCUAAACCAGAAACCGGGUCGGAUCUCCAGCCGGGUCGUGUACCUUCGCUAUGGAGACUAUUCAGAGGAAUAAGUGGAGAGGCAAAAACGAAGGCUGCUGCGAUUAUGAGGAGGUCGAGAUCCGUCGCUGUCUCUGACGCCGGAGAACUGUUAGAUUCGCCGGCGCCGGUGACGAACAAGGGAAAUGGUUGGUACUUUCCAAGUCCAAUCAAGGUUUUCCGACAGUCAAGAGUCUCCAAGAUGAUGUUUCAACAAAGAUCUCCUUUGUACAGAGGUUGA